GACUUAACUUGGGUCGAAGUCUUUGACAACCCUUACACCUGACGGCAGUGACAAGGAAAGAAGACUUGGGUGAGCAUUGUGGCCCUUGUCACAGAAUGGUUUUUAUGAAAUCGAUCUCUAUUAAUUGCAAAAUAAAGACUUUCUGUCAUCCAAGUUUCCAUUGAUGAAAACUUUAUGGGUCCACUUACCUGAGGAUGAGCUGAUGUUACAGAACAAAGUUUAAGAGAUGGAGAACUCAUUGGGCACUGUCAGUGGAUUCUCCUUCCUGUGGUGUAGCUUGUAUUUUGGAUUGUGCCACUGGAAGCCACUGCGAAGCAAUGAAUGGCACUGUCGUACAGUAACUGCUAUUCAUGCCGUUGUUGUGUGUUUACUGUGUUUGUGGUGUGCAUUUGUUCAAGGACCGUGGCCAUUUACAGAAGCAGGUGGUCCAAGCACGCCACUUCAAUCUUUGACAGGCAUGAUAUGCUUAGGAUAUUUCCUGUUUGAUCUCUCCUGGUGUCUCUAUUUUCAAACAGAAGGUCUUCCCAUGCUUCUCCACCAUGUAUGCAGUAUUCUUGGAAUGACAAUCGCAACCAUGACAGGAAAAUAUGGAACAGAAAUGAUAGCUACCAUGUUCGGAAGUGAAAUAACAAACCCUCUUUUACAAAUUCGCUGGUUUUUACGAGAGACAGGAAAUUAUGAGACCAUUUUGGGAGAGAUUAUUGACCAUGCUUUCAUGUUUUUGUUUGGUUUCUUUCGUAUUGGAAUUGGAUCAUACUUGCUAUAUACAUAUUUUCAGCAAGAUACAGACUUUUGGGGUCGCCUUGGAGGAAUAACAAUUUAUGCUAUCAGUUGGAUGUUUUGGUUAAAUAUUUUGGUUUAUGCUGUUAAAAAAUACAAAAAAAGGUUUCAGAAUCGACAGAGAAAAAAAUUCAAAAGCAAUGCAGACUCGCUCACGAACAAAAAUGGGAUGGUAGCAAAUGGUGAUAGUUUCAACUCUUAUACUCAAACCUCAUGUGGAGUUAAGGAAUUAUCAAAUGAUAGUGUAUCAAAUAGGCCAGAAAAGCAGUGCAAUGGAUAUACAAAGAAAUCCUUGUGAUUAAUAUUGUGUCAAAAGAAAUGAGUUGAAUACUGUAUAAGUUGCAUUUUUAGUGAGGAUUUUAUUUUGGCAUUAUUAAGGACAGUGUUAAGAUUGCUAAAAUUGAAUAUCACUAAUAUUUAUUCCAUUUCGAAGGGAAUAGGUAUUUUCCUUGGAAUUCUAAAGUCGCUAAGAUUAGCUCUUGCUGAAUAUAUAUACCCAUAUUGAAAAAUCGCUAAAUUUGCAUCUCGCUAAAAAUACCACUUAUAAGGUAUAUAAAACAGCAUAUCUAGCUGCAAUAAUGUUGCCCUCUCCAAUUGUUAGCUCACCAGAGUUAAAAACUCAAGUACCAUGUUCUAAUCAAGAUAUAUUUCUUCAGUAUUUUGUUUGUCUGUUAACUUCACAUUAACCGCUUCUUGUCAAGAACCAACAAGACAAGACCUUACUUACCACAAAGCAUCCUUACCUCCAGACUCAAUGUUUGAAUAAACAGGUGUUUUCAUUAGUAAUCAAAGAAGCUUUUGCACCAAAUCUUUUCCAUUUCCAGUGGUUCUUCAGACCCUAGAAGAAGAAAUGCCUCUUAAUUAAUUUCAUUAAACUUGAAUUCCCUUUACCAAUAGAGGUUCAAAGUUUUUCAUAGGAAUAUAGAGGAAAAUUCUUCUCAAGAGCCACAAAAUACAGUUGUCAAAUUAAUGUACAUACAUGUAGAUCCUCCAGCUGAUUUUCAUCAGAUUGAAAGAUCCUUUGUUCACACCAUGACCCCCUGAAUCAUGAAUGGAGCUAUGAUAAGGGUUUAAAGUUUUACAUAAGAAUACAUAUGAAUAUAGGGAAAAUCUUUAAAAACAUUCUCAAGAACCACAAGGAAUUUGUCUUAAGAAAUUUAUAUGAAAGCAUCCUCAAAAAGUUUGCUAAUGCUGUGGCACCUGGGUCAAGGGCAGGUCCAUGAUAGAUAUUUGACAAUUUACAAGAGUCUACAUUUUAUAUAGGAAAAACUGUUUCAAAAUUUUCUCAAGAAUUGCAUUGGUAUAUUUUUUCCCAUAUGUAUGCAGUUAUCCUCAGGUAAUGUAAGUUCAUAAAAUGACAUCGGGAUCAAGGUGGGUCUACAAGAGGGUAUGGGGCAUGAUUAUGAUUUAAUGUUUUACAUGGGGAAAUGCAAUAACUCGAGUGAUCAAUGUAGCCAUGGCCUUGUGUUAUUGUAUUACAGAUUUCACCUUAUCCUAACUUGAAAUGUCUGGAGUUUUCCUUGAAGUAUAGUUUGGGUCAUAUCUACAUCAAAGGAAAAAAAAAACUUGAAAUUUUAGCAACACCCCCCCCCCCAAAUAAGAAUAUUAAAGAUCAGGGAGGGCUACAUAAUUGCAGCCAGUAUAUCAAAAUUUUCACUCAGUUUCUGUUGAAUUAUACAGUUGAACAUUAUUUUCCACAAAUUAUGUUUUAAUAAUGGUGGGAGAGUGAGUAAUUCUAAUUCACACUACCAUGUGAUUAUGCAGAUGUAUAUAAUGUAUAUUUAUUGAUCUUAAAAAUCUUAAAUUUUGCUAAUGUUUUCUAGAAUAAAUAUUUUUAUACCACGUUG